AUCUGCAUACUGGAGUCUAGCUAGCUAGCGAGAGAUAUAUAGCUUAUUAAUAUCUUGUUGUAGUAACAAUUCGUGAAGAAUCAGCCAUGGAGAGAUCAGCAGAAGCAAAGAUGAUGGUGGUGGCCAUGGCGGCUUUCGCCAUGAUUGCCAUGGCCACCACCACGACGGCCCAAGAAUUCUCGGCAAACGAGAAGGCGGUCUUCGUCCAGCUCCACAACAACGCCCGGGCGGCGGUGGGCGUCGGGCCGGUGGCGUGGAACGACGCGCUGGCGGCGCAGGCCCUGCAGCACGCGCGCUACUGCCAGACGCAGCACAUCCCGGGGCCCUACGGCGAGAACCUGUGGUGGAGCUACGGCGCCGGCACCACCGGGACGCCGGCCGACGCGAUGAGCUACUGGGUGGGGGAGAAGCCGUACUACGACUACAGCAGCAACAGCUGCGGCGGCCGCGAGUGCCGCCACUACACGCAGGUGGUGUGGAGGCGCACGGCGUACGUCGGCUGCGCCCGCGUCGCCUGCAACACCAACAACGGCAUCGGCACCAUCAUCGCUUGCAACUACUACCCGGGUGGCAACAUAUACAACGAGAGGCCCUACUAGAUAGAUAGAUAUCUGCACAUGUCAUGUUGCCCUAUCUAUUAUGUAAAAUAAUGAUGUAGUAUUCUCUACGUGUGUGUAUCCAGUAGUGUGUAAACGUAUGUAUUUUUUUACAUAAAUAAUAAAUAAAUAAGUA